AUGGCUCCUGAGGCUCCAGAUCCCCAGAGUCUAAAGUCAUGGCACGAUGCCUUCGAGUAUCCAAUUCCUACAGUACGCCGUGUGGAACAGGAAUUGUGUCGGUAUAUCGAGAGCAAUAAGGAGAAGCUCCGAGCUCUCGUGGGGACAAGAUACCGAGAGCUUGUUGGAGCAGCUGAGACAAUUGUUGCUAUGAAUACUGAGAUGCAGGAGGUCGAAGCUCUCUUGGCUGAUGUUGGACGUCGCUGUAAUCCUCGGCUGAUUGAGAGGAAGCAUAUCCACACGCGUCAUAUUAAGAGUAAUAGCGUGGGAAACGACGCAGAAAAGCAUGCAUUCGGGGCGCAGCUUGCCCUCCUUCAUCGUUGUACAACUUCCAUUGCACGGCUUUUGCGCAAACGAGCGUCUUUAUUACUAGUUGCUAAGAUACUGGCUGUCUCUCGGUUGCUUCACAAGACACUUUCACAACACCAAUUCAGUCCGCCAUUCCUUGAUGACCUUCGAAAUCAACUAGCAUCAUUGCGCCGGGCACUGUUGAAACGGAUCGACAAACGCCUGUCAUCCAUCAAUGCUACAGAAGACAGUACAAUCGAGUCCCUUGCUGCCUAUUGCCUUGCGACAAGUUCUUCUUCCGAUGACGCUAUUCAUAAAUUCCACCAAGUUCGCCUGGAUGUUAUCACUUCCCAGUUGGACCUCUCUCGCGAGAAUAUCCCCAGAGCACUCCGCUUGUUCAUCCGCACACUUCAAACUUCAAAGACGCUACGAUCCCGCCAACUCUCCGAUGUCCUUUCCGAAUUAAAAUCCAGGGCCAUCCUGUCAGACCCAGAGAUCCGCAGUUUGGAUGGGCUUGAGAUUGAAGUUCUUGGCCGCUGGGCGGCACCCGAAGUGAACAACUUCACACCUUGGAUCAAGUUGAGCGAACUAAGUAGAACAGAGGGCGUGGACUCGAUUAAACAAUGGUCCAAGCAAGCUUUUGAGAAGUUCUGCGAAGCGUGUCAAAAGGCGCUCUCCCACAGCAACGACUUCUCUGAGAUUCUUUCUUUGCGGGCUGAGACCCUAGAACUCUGGCUCUCAUCUUGGGGCUCAACCAUCACACACAGCUCCGAAGACAUUUUGCAACGUCUUCGUAAUAUCUUCAACGACAAUCUCAAGCGAGUCCUGGUCACGCAAGUAAAAGCGAUUUCCGAGAUUUCCAAUCUGAUCUCGUCUAUGAUCUUAGAUUGGGAUACCGCAGAGCAUUGCUCCAUCGGUUCUCUUUGGGACUCAGAUCUCAUUUCUGCGGGCUACUCAAAUGGUGCAUUAUCUUUCAAACAGACCGUCACAGACUGCCUUCUCGGUCGGAACGAUGAUGUAUCUAUAGUGUUGAGAAAGUAUCAAUACUGGCUCGCCUCUAUAAAAGAAACUAAGGAAUCUAUCGACUCACUCCGCAGCCUCAAAUGGACUGAUGUUCUUGUGGGCAGUGAAGCGGAAGACGAGGAUAUUGACAUCGUAUCCAUUCUUAACAAUGACGAUCCUAGUAUUCUAUCAAAAGCCAUUCAUGCCUCAAUUAGACAGGCUUUCGAUAGUCUUCAAGGUUCAUUCAGUGCCGCCUCUAAAGUCUGCAGAACCUCUCAUUCGAGCCAGAAAGCCACUUUCCUACUUCGUCUCAUCCGAUUGAUACGCCGGCAAAUUCCCGCGGGAUUCGUCGCCAAGGAUUUCUUGUUUUCAAAUGAUGUUGUCCCUGAGCUUCAAAUUCUACUAGCUGUGGAGACCACUGCAAAAACAGGACCUCUGUCUCUUGUUCCCUCUAAAGCGCAUGAUGGUCAAAACAAGUUGAAGAUUGUGCCAGGUCGCUCACUUUGGGAAGGUACACCAGCUCUUCCGGUUCAGCCAUCGCCGGGAGCCUUCAAGUAUCUGCGCCAGCUGACAUCAACCAUGGAUGAGAGUGGGCUAGAUCUUUGGGAUCCAUCCACACUGCGCAUCCUGAAGGAAGAACUAAGAAAGCAAAUCGACACCAUCGUAGGGUCUACACUUGAUAAGGUUGAAAAAUGGAGCUCAAGCAAUGAUGCUACCGAUGCUACUCCUGAGAACGACCUGCGUGAUUGGAAAAUCCAGCUCUUUUUUGAUGCCGUCUACCUGUCAAACAUGCUAGUUGACUCGACAAAGCUGGCUAGUGUCGUGAAUCGGGUUCAAAAGAGUGCGGACGCCAGCACAGAGGCUGUCAAGAGUAUCCAGAAAGAUGCUGCGGAAUAUUGGAAGCGGACUGAGCUGCUGUUUGGGUUAUUGGCGGAACGUUGA